AUGACUGUGACAUUAUAUGAGAUAAGCGGAUGGAAAGGAGAACCUAGAAAACUUGGCAGAGCAACCCUUGAUCAGAAGGAGGCCAGCCGCAUACGAAGCCUUCGAAUUGAAGUGAUUCGAAGUGCGAAAAGCUGGUUCAACUCGGAAACAAGUGGCAGAAAGCUGAUGGAGCACAACGUUAAAGUAGAUGUGUCUGUAGCAAGUCGCCCUGUUUCGUACUUCAAAUACUUCGUCGGACCUCCGGAGCUGGAUCUUGCCUACUAUGAUGGCCCUUCUUCGAACCAGUGUAACCCAAAAGUCGAAUGUUGCCUUAUUCCUCAUUAUGUCAACUUUACCGAAAUAGGAUGGAGUAAAUUCAUAAUGUAUCCGGCAGGGUUUUACGCUAAUUACUGUAUAGGACCCAAACAUCUCACUUGCCCGCACGAUGAUCCUGAAGUGGAAGGAAUAUUGAGGUAAGA